GCGCGCUGGUUAGGAAGCGGGGGUUCAGAGGUCGCGGGGGCAGAAGGCGGUCCUGCCGCUGGCCUCGUCGCUAUGUAGCUGAGGGGCAGGCGCCCUAGUCCACGUUCUGGAAGGUUCUUGGGCUCGACCACGGCAGUAGCCCUAGGAUUUUUAGUCCUUGACCUCGGGUCCUUGCUGGCCGAGCGGAGUCGCCGCCGCCAUGUUCGGCUGCUUGGUGGCGGGGAGGCUGUUGAGGAACUUAAGCUCAGUUGGCAGUAUAAAGACUCGCCUGAGCUCAGAAAGGGAAUUCGAGGUGCAAACAGCUGCACAGCAAGUGGCAGAGGAUAAAUUUGUUUUUGACUUGCCUGAUUAUGAAAAUAUCAACCAUGUUGUGGUUUUUAUGCUGGGAACAAUCCCAUUUCCUGAAGGAAUGGGAGGCUCUGUCUACUUUUCCUAUCCUGAUUCAAAUGGAAUGCCAGUAUGGCAACUCCUAGGAUUUGUCACGAAUGGGAAACCAAGUGCCAUCUUCAAAAUUUCAGGUCUUAAAUCUGGAGAAGGAAGCCAACACCCGUUUGGAACCAUGAACAUUGUCCGGACUCCGUCUGUCGCUCAGAUUGGGAUCUCAGUGGAGUUGCUGGACAGCCUGGCUCAGCAGACUCCUGUGGGCAACGCUGCUGUCUCCUCAGUUGAUUCGUUCACUCAGUUCACACAAAAGAUGCUGGACAACUUCUACAAUUUUGCUUCAUCAUUUGCUGUCUCUCAGGCCCAGAUGACACCAAGUCCAUCUGAAAUGUUCAUUCCAGCAAAUGUGGUUCUGAAAUGGUAUGAAAACUUUCAAAGACGACUAGCACAGAACCCUCUCUUUUGGAAAACAUAAUUUGAAUAAAAUAAUUUUUAAUGGAUUCUGAAAUUUGUCAUGUUUUGAAGAUAAUGACUAUUUGAAAGCAUGAAGUCAAAAGGAUCCAUGAAGCCUAAGUUUAAAAACUGCUUAGUGACUAUGAAGUUUAAUUAACAUCUUUAUAAAAAAUUAAAAACAUUGAAAAAUGAAAACAUGUUCAUCAUUAAUGACUCCUUUCCCGUAAGCUUAAAAUACUCAAGAGGUAAAACAUUUUGUUUGGGCUAUGAUUCAUGUUUUACUUAAAAAUAAAGCAUAUUCACAAUAGUGUGCCAAA